UUCUAGAGCAGCCUGCAUAAAAACCACCCCCACCUGUGACCCCACCGCCAUCCUUCUUGGCAACCUCAGACACCUGCUGCUCAGCUGAGGGGCUACCUAAGCCUCCUUUCCCCAUAGGGAUUUUGGGGUUUCCAGGCAUCAUCUUGGGUUUUAUUCCCCCAGUGAGGUCCUAGGUCCUGUGGAUUGCCUACUGAAGGCAGGAGAGCCCCACACUAUUUCCUAUGUAGUUGGGUAUCUGAAAGCUAUUCAAAUACAGAAUGGGGAGUGCUCAGCAUGAUCAGGUGUUUAUUAAUUCUAUGCACAGAUCUUUUUUUUCUUUCUUUACACAAUAUAUAUUACUUUUUAAAUUUUAUUUAUUUUUUAUAUUAAUUACAAUUUAUUCCCUUUCUAUCCCCGAUGUAGUACCAUCCCUCAUUCCCUCCCAAUCUCUCCCUCAUCUCCUCCCAUACCUCCUCCCCAGGACACUGAUAGAGGAAGUCCUUCUCCCUUCCAUCUGACCCUAGCCUAUUAGGUCUCAUCAGGACUGGCUGCAUUGUCUUCCUCUGUGACCUGGUUAGGCUGCUCCCCCCUCAGGUGGAGGUGAUCAAAGAGCCAGCCACUGAGUUCAUGUCAGAGACAGCCCCUGUUCCACUUACUAGGAACAACACUUGGAUAAUUCUUAGAGGACUGAAGGUGAAAGAUGUAUCCUGAGCAUGGAAUACAAGACCAGACUGCCCAGGCAUCAGACUGAGACAGUCUCAGGACAGAGAUAAGUCAAACAGAUGAGGAAAUGCAGACAAAGGCUGCCUCUCCAGACCUUUAACCCACAUACACAUCUGCCCCACUGCUGUGGGACAGGAAGCCCCAGAGCUGCUGAGAACUGGAACAAACCAUGACCAACCCCUUGUGGAUCCACUGACCCUGCAUUUUCUUUCCUGAGACACCAGACCAGCCCCACCUCCCAGCUGGCAACCUGAGACUCCAGCUCACAGACCACUUCCUCCUCCUGGUGAAGCAGCCUGACCUUUGGGAUGCUGCUCCUGAGGGGAUUCGCCUUCUCCUGCCUCUGGGUUUUUGGACUCAGGCAGCUGGAACAAACUGAAAUGUCAGUCACUGGACUAACAGAUAAGAGUGGGCAAAUACCCUGUAAAGUUUCUCUUCCAGAUUUUGGCAAUGCAUAUAUACAUUGGUACCGUCAGAAAACCAACCAAGAGCUUGAGUAUCUACUGUAUUUCAAGACAAGUUACCAUCAACUCUUCUUGGAUGGGAAGAACAAGAAAAUUGAGGCUGGUAAAGACUUUCUAACUUCUACUUCAACCUUGAAAGUAAAUUUCUUGAAGAAGGAGGAUGAAGCCACCUACUACUGUGCAGCCUGGAUAUUAAUGGCGACUCCAAUCAUUGCUACCUUAGAAAAGAGAAGAGUUUGUGAAAUCAGUUUAGAAGGAAACUUACAAACUCUAGGUCGACACAAAACUUUCCAAUGGAAUCCAAGUCAGCUUUCUAAGAGAGUCCCUAAAUGGUUCAGCACAACGAAACUCAAGAGGGCUCAUGUUUUUGUAGAAGCUCUAAGCAGUGUGAAAAAGUCAUCAUGGAUCAUGGUAUUUGGAAGUGGGACAAAGCUCAGAGUAAUUCCCUCAGGCAAACUCUUGGGUUCAGACAUUUCUCCCAAGCCUACCAUCUUUCUUCCUUCUGUUGCUGAAACAAAUCAUGAUAAGGCCGGGACAUACCUCUGUCUCCUUGAGAAAUUCUUCCCUGACGUUAUAAGGGUAUAUUGGAAGAAAAAGAAUGGUGAUCAGAUUCUGAAAUCUCAAGAGGGAAACACCAUGAAGACCGGCGACACAUACAUGAAGUUAAGCUGGCUGACUGUGCCUGAAGACUCAAUGGAUAAAGAGCAUAGAUGUAUUGUCCAACACGAAAGCAAUAAGAGAGGUCAUCAAGAGGUUCUGUUUCCUCCCAUAAAAAAAGAAGCUGCUUUGAAAACUGAAAAUGAUGUGACAACUAUUAAAGUUAAUCCCAGAGAAAGUGCUUCGAAAUGGGAAAAUGGAAACAAUAGUGCUGAUAUGGAAGCUUGCAAGGAAGAAAUAAAGGAUGUGCUGCAGCUUCAGCUCACAAACACCUCUGCGUUCUACAACUACCUCAUCCUGUUCUUCAAGAGUCUGGUCCACUUGGCCUUCGUUGUAUUCUGUCUGUUGAGAAGAAGAACAGCUGUGCCUUGCAGUGGUCCGAGUUCAUAACAGAUGAUGAAACGGGAGGGUACCAUUGUCUUCAUCCUUUGCUGUGCCUCAGUAUCUGCUGAGGGUCUGGCUAAUGUUGCUUGUAGCUUCGACCUCCUAAAAAUCACAUAUGUGUAACUUUAUAUCAUGUUUUUAAAGCAGGGAGGAAAAGGAUCCACUUCACUCUACAACAAAUAGUAGCCCCAGGAAGCACCCAGCCAUCCUAAUCCUUCAUCUCUAAGUCUGUCUAAGAGCACAGAGCAUGACAGGCCCAAUGUAAACAAACUGCAGCUUCUAGUUGCCCCACUUCAUGCCUUAGAACCAGAUAAUGCCCCCAAAGCCUCUACCACAUGCACUGAAGAACCUUAUUUGAAGUUGAAUUCUGUGCUUUGUUUUGCCAAAUAAAAAUUAAAAAAAAAAAAUAGGCCUAUUCUUUGUGUUA